AUGGCAAGAUCCAAGUUAAUCGGACUUGUUUUGGCUGCUGGGAUGUUCUUCGCGGUCCGAUAUUUGUCCACAAAGAUGACACAAUGUCCACAUCGCAAGACAACGAUGCCACGUGACCCAAGCCCUCAGACAGGACGAGGAAGAUGUUGGAGACUGAUGAGGGGGGAGCCAGCUGACGUCAAUACAGCAUCUUCACCACCGUCUGACGCCCGUGUCAACACGGGUAUAGAGCGAGGCUGCGUUGCGUUGUUGCCACGUUAUCAACGUCGUCGCCCUGUAGUGGAGGAGGAGAAAGUGUUCCCGUUGGCGUUUGCUCUCAUCGUACACACAGCCCCCGGUCAGGUUGACCAGCUGAUGAGAACAAUUUACAGAUCUCACAACGUGUACUGUAUCCACGUUGACCGGAAGGCGCGCCGGUCUGUGGGACUCCUCAGUCAGUGGGCACAGUGUUUCCACAACGUGCUGGUCCUGCAGGAAGUGGAGGUGGUCUAUGGCGGCGCUGGCUUAGUGACCGCAGCGCGUGCUUGUAUGAGAAUGUUGGCUAACACCCAUGUUAAGUGGAAGUACUACAUUAUUUUGUCCGGACAAGAGUUUGUUCUUAAGACUAAUCUUGAGAUUGUGCAAAUACUGAAAUUACUGAAUGGAACAAAUGAUAUUGAACAAUAUCCUUUCCCCGAGCAUCUGCGUUGGAGGUUUGAAACACGGUACUCGGUCAUCAACGGAACCAUGAUGACUCGUCUCGUUGACGCCAAACCAGCCUUCAAGCAGAACAUCACGCUCUACAAGGGCAGCAUGUAUGGGAUGUUUUCCCGUGGUUUUGUAUUAUUUAUUCUUGAGAGCAAAAUUGCAGCAGAGUUGAUAGACUGGGCAGAGGAUAGUUAUGCGCCAGAAGAACUAGUUUGGGCGACGUUGAAUGGCUUACCCGGGGCUCCUGGGGGCUACAAUGUGACUGUGAAGCAUGAUAUCGCGUUGAACCAAGUUCUGUCCAGGGCCGUCAUCUGGGAGUGGGACCGAGUGCCGUGCCAUGGGAAGUUUGUUCGUUCCGUGUGUGUCUUCAGCUACAGAGAUCUGCCCUGGCUGGUCAGCCGACCAGAAAUCGUGGCUAACAAGUUCAACUCCAACUUCGAUCAGUUGGUGAUAGACUGUCUAGAGAGUUGGCUACACCACAAGGCAAUGCUUAGCGAAACAAUAAAUAUGAACUGGUAUCAUUAUAGAAACGUUCCACAGUCCCAACAGAGCACCUGCAAGAACUGCAGACGCCAGUCCAUGUGA